AUGGCAAGCUUUGCCCGCUUCUUCUACUCCCAACUCUUCGUCACACCUCCACCCCCCACGGCUGACCUAACCGGUAAAACCGUCCUCGUAACUGGCUCCAACACCGGCCUGGGCAAAGAAGCAUCCCGUCACUAUGUCUCCCUCAACGCCUCAACCGUCAUCCUCGCCGUGCGCUCCAUCGAAAAAGGCGAAGCAGCCGCCAAAGACAUCGAGACCACCACCGGCCGCCAAAAUGUAAUAAAAGUAAUGCACCUCGACAUGUCUUCCUACCAAUCCGUACUCGAUUUCGCUUCUACAGUAAGCAAAGAGGUCCCCCGCCUCGACAUCGCCAUUCUCAACGCCGGCGUAAACCGCGGCGUGUGGGAAAUCUUCGAACAAGACGAAUCCACCAUUACCGUCAAUGUCGUUUCCACUUUCUUUCUCUUCUUCUCUCUUCUCCCCAAACUCAGGGAUACGGCAAGCAAAUUCAAUGUGCGACCGACACUCACGGUUGUGAGUUCGGAAGUGCAUCAGUGGACGGGGUUUGCGGAGAGGAAAGCACUCGAGGGGAAAUUGUUUGAGCGGUUGAGGGAGGAGGUUGUAGCGGGAAAGAAGGUGGAUUUGAAUGAGAGGUAUUGUGUUAGUAAGUUGAUGGAGGUGCUCACUGUGAGGGAGUUUUGUGCGAGGAAUAAGGGUGGGGAGUGUCCGGUCACGGUGAAUACUGUUAAUCCGGGGUUGUGCCAUUCAGAGUUCGGUCGCGAAGCCCCCUUUGUCGCGGCUAUAUUGCGUUUCUUCCUUGCUCGCACUACGGAAGUUGGGUCGAGGACGCUGGUGCAUGCGGGGUUGCGGGGUGAAGAGACGCAUGGAAAGUAUUUGAGUGAUUGCGAGAUUACGGAGCCGAGUACGUAUGUUAGGAGUGAGGAGGGAAAGAAAGAUCAGGAGAGGGUGUGGAGGGAGUUGAUGGUGAAGUUGGAGGGGAUCAAGGCGGGGGUCACGCAGGGGUAUUAG